CGCCACCACCACCUCCCCGCUGCAUAAAUACCCCCCUCCUCCCCGUCCGUUCCCACCCCUCCCCCGCUACCCAGCUCUCCGGACCGCGCCGCCUCCCGUCCCGUCCCGUCCCGUCUCCCCGCGACAGGGAAAGGCGCAAUCUUGGUCGGCCCGGCUGAUCGGCGGCGCCCGGUCAACUCCGGUUGCUGAUGACGGAGUCGUGGAUGGACGUGCUGCCGCCGGCGCCGGCGCCGCCCUACUACGCGGGGCAGGCGGGCGGGCGGUUCCUGCCGGACCGGCGGGCGUCGGCCCCCGGGCCCGGGGCGUGGACGCUGGAGGAGAACAAGCUGUUCGAGCGCGCGCUGGCGCGGGUGGACUGGGACGCGCCCGACCGGUGGGAGCGCGUCGCCGCGCUGCUGCCGGGCCGGAUGGUGUCCGACGUCGUGGCGCACUACGACGACCUCGAGAACGACGUCUGCUUCAUCGAGGCCGGGCUCGUGCCCUUCCCCCACUACGGCGGCGCGGCGGGGUCCGCCGCCGGGUUCACCUUCGACUGGGACGGCGGCGACGCCGACGCCGCCGCCGCCGGCCUGGGCUCCUUCAAGCGCUCCUGCUACAUGGCCGGCGCCAGGCGCGGGCGCGGCCCGGACCAGGAGCGCAAGAAGGGCAUCCCCUGGACGGAGGAGGAGCACAAGCUGUUCUUGAUGGGUCUGAAGAAGUACGGGCGAGGGGACUGGAGGAACAUCUCCCGCAACUUCGUGACGAGCCGGACGCCGACGCAGGUCGCCAGCCACGCGCAGAAGUACUUCAUCCGCCUCAACUCCGGCGGCAAGGACAAGCGGCGCUCCAGCAUCCACGACAUCACCACCGUCAACCUCCCCGACGAAGACGGCGGCGGCGGCAACCCCUCGCCGUCGCCGCCCUCCGCGCUCACCGCCGCCUCCACCCCCUCGUCCACCGGCGGGCCCGUCAUCUCGGAGCAGUUCGGCGUCCUCGUCGACAGCAAGCCCGCGCCGACGCACCACUUCGUGCCGCACCCCUACGGCAACGUCAAGCUCGAGCCCAGCAACUCCGGCUUCCUGGACGACUCUGUUCUGAUGCAGAUGCAAUGCGGCCAGCUGCAGCCCCUCGGCUGACCGGCUGGUUCUCGAGCUGCAACGAUGGCGAAAAGAGGAAACAAAGCUCUCAUCUCUGGCCAUGCGCGCGCCUGUUGUUGAUUCCAAACAGGCAAGCAGCAUCUGCCGUGACGUACAACACGUUGGAUCAAACAGCUACGAGCUCAGCACGUCUCGCUGCCGAGCUCUGGUUCUCUGCUGAAACUGAGCACCGGAGAUGAGAGCAAGAAAAGAAGCAGCAAAAUGUAGAAGAAAUAUGGACGAAGUCACUCCUGCAUCCCGCCGCCUCUGUACAUAAGAGCCCAGCGCCAGCGGUGGAAUAAUUUCCGAUUGCGAUUAGUUUCCUGUGCUGCGGGAGGCACGGGAGAGUGUACUGCUAGAUGCUCUGAUUACGGUAGCUUUUCUUCUGUAAUGAUGCGUCAUGGAUAUUGGAUCGGUUAAUGUCAUGUAUUUGCUAUAGCAAGUAGCACCAGCAGCGUACUGUGUGGUGUCUUUUUUUUUGUACGGGUUCUUGUAUUAGCAUCGGUCACACUCUCAUUGACCUGUGCUUUUGUUACUAGUAAUCAUGGUGGCGAUGAAA